GCUCAUCUCUCAACGAAGACGAAAGAUCACUAUUAAGUGGCAUUUUCGGUGAUCGGAAGCCACCGUCUCUCUCCCCUUUCAUCUUCUUUUUGUUUCCUUCGAUCUCUCAAUGCAGUGAUCGGAAUCCACCGUCUCUCUCCCUUUUUAUCUUCUUUUUGUUUCCUUCGAUCUCUCAAAUGGAAUCCGUUCUUUUACCCGGCCGCACUCAAGCGAUAAAGCAUCCCUGUUCGUCCUUCUCUUCUCUUAGUUGUCGAAACAAUGUUCGAUUUCUCGCGUCGAUGCCCUCCUCCACCCGCCGCCUCCGAGUCUUACGAAACGAGAUGGGAUUGAGAUUUAGUAAAGCUAAAAUUGCUUCAGGGUGGCAAAGGAUAAUCAGCAAGGUCAGAGAAAGAUAUAUGGUUAAGCCUGGAAAUGUUUUUGGCCAUAGCGUUGAAGAAUCUUUGGUAGAGGAGAAGGUUACACCAAUGUUGGGGACUGAUGUUCCAUUGAAAUAUUCUCCUGGCAUGGCCUUUCCGCUUGGAGCUUCAGAGGCUGAAAAUGGAAUUAACUUUGCUAUAUUUUCUCGACAUGCUUCAUGUGUCACACUUUGCUUGUCAAAUUUUGGGAGGGAAAAGAGUCAGGAAAUAUGUGAUGGGAUGGUUGAGAUUGCACUGGAUCCUGAGAAGAAUAAAACUGGGGAUGUGUGGCACAUUUGUGUUGAGGGUUUAUCAAGAUCUGGCAUUCUUUAUGGAUACCGAAUUGAUGGCCCUCAGAAAAGGGAACAAGGGCAUGGUUUUGACAACAGCAUUGUUCUUCUUGACCCCUAUGCAAAACUUGUUUCUGGUAGGAAAUGGUUUGGGGAUGUUGCAAAUAAGAUGUCCAAGUUUCUUGGAACUUAUGACUUUGAAAGCAUGCCUUUUGACUGGGGUCCUGAUUACAAGCUGCCUAAUAUACCUGAGACAGAUCUUGUGAUAUACGAAAUGAAUGUUCGGGCAUUUACAGCUGAUGAAUCAAGUGAAUUGGAUCCAGAAGUUCGUGGCAGCUAUCUUGGUGUUAUUGAAAAAAUCCCACAUUUAUUGGAACUUGGAAUCAAUGCUGUGGAGCUCUUGCCAGUUUUUGAGUUUGAUGAACUCGAAUUUCAGAGGUACCCAAAUCCCAGAGAUCACAUGAUUAACACCUGGGGCUACUCCACCUUAAACUUUUUUGCCCCCAUGAGCCGAUAUGCUAGUGCUGGUGGUGGACCAUUGGUUGCUUCUCAUGAGUUCAAACAGAUGGUGAAAGCUUUGCACAAUGCUGGCAUUGAGGUCAUUUUGGAUGUUGUCUAUAACCAUACUAAUGAAGCUAAUGAUCGUCAUCCUUAUACUUCUUCCUUUCGUGGUGUUGACAAUAAGGUUUAUUACAUGUUGGAUCCCGAUAAUGGUGCUAAGUACUUGAAUUUUUCAGGCUGUGGAAAUACAUUAAACUGCAAUCACCCUGUCGUCAUGGAACUUAUUCUUGACAGUUUAAGACAUUGGGUUAACGAGUACCAUGUCGAUGGAUUCCGGUUUGACCUUGCAAGUAUUCUUUGCCGAGGGACCGAUGGUUCUCCUCUUAAUUCACCUCCAUUAGCCAAGGCAAUUGCUAAAGAUGCUGUACUUUCAAGGUGUAAGAUAAUUGCUGAACCAUGGGACUGUGGAGGACUUUAUCUUGUGGGAAAUUUUCCAAAUUGGGACCGGUGGGCCGAAUGGAAUGGAAAGUACCGUGAUGAUAUUCGAAGAUUCAUGAAGGGUGAUUGUGGUAUGAAAGGGACCUUUGCAACUCGUAUAUCUGGAUCUGCUGACCUCUACCAGGUGAACAAGCGCAAACCCUACCACAGUAUCAAUUUUGUGAUAGCACAUGAUGGGUUUACACUGUGUGAUCUUGUUUCUUACAAUUUCAAGCAUAAUGAUGCUAACGGGGAAGGUGGCAAAGAUGGAAGCAAUGACAAUUUUAGCUGGAAUUGUGGUGUUGAAGGAGAAACGGAUGAUGUUGAUAUUAUAGGUCUUCGCUCACGGCAAAUGAAGAACUUCCAUUUGGCCUUAAUGAUCUCUCAGGGAACACCAAUGAUGCUAAUGGGGGAUGAAUAUGGCCAUACACGUUAUGGAAACAAUAAUAGCUAUGGACAUGACACUUCCAUAAACCAUUUUCAGUGGAAACAGUUGGAAGAAAGAAGGGGCGGUCAUUUUAGAUUUUUCUGUGAGAUGAUUAAAUUUCGCUGCAAGCAUCCCAUGUUGCGACAAGACAGAUUUCUUACCAAAAAUGAUGUUGCAUGGCAUGAAGACAACUGGAGCAACCAGGAGAGCAAAUUCUUAGCAUUUACGCUUCAUGAUGAUCAGUUUGGAGGGGACAUCUAUUUGGCUUUUAAUGCUCAUGAUUAUUAUGUCAAAGCUGCAGUACCUUCACCACCACAUAAGAAGAGAUGGCACCGAGUGGUUGACACAAAUCUGGAAUCUCCCAAAGAUUUUGUUCCCGAAGGUGUACCAUUCAGCAACACCAGCUACAAUGUCGCUUCAUAUUCUGCAGUUCUCCUUGAGGCAAAGCCAUGAUCCUGUGACAUUUGUUCUCCAGAAUCAUGAUCAAUAAAGGACUCCCACUGUUUGACAAAUUCCUGCCUAAGGGUUAGUCAGUCCAUCUGCUGACAUUAUAUAGGAGGUCAGAGAGGGAGACGAAGGAGAAUUAAAAAGGAGAGAGGCAGGGGGUUGGAUUGAAGGGAAUUAUCUGCUAUAACUAUCCCAUAAAUAAAUUUUAGAAAAUUGACACAUAAUAAGAAAUAAUGUUCUGAACUUUUGCCCUUUCUCUUAUUUAGAGUCAGGUGUUUAAUCUUCUUCUCACA